AUGGUUUGGAAAGAUAAUGCUACUAUUUUCACUGAAUUGGGACCCCUCCCAAGAGAGCCCCCUAAGCUUGCUGACAAUGUCCUUGACUUGUUCUCAUUGAAGGGUAAAGUUGCUUCUAUCACUGGUUCUUCAACUGGUAUUGGUUAUGCUGUUGCUGAGGCGUACGCUCAAGCUGGUGCUGACGUUGCUAUCUGGUACAAUUCUCAUCCUUCAGAUGAUAAAGCUAAGGCUUUGUCUGAGAAGUACGGUGUCAGAGCUAAGGCUUAUAAGGUUUCAAUCACUGAUUCCGAACAAGUUGAGGCUGCUAUUGCUCAACAAAAGAAGGAUUUUGGCAAGAUUGAUGUCUUCGUCGCCAAUGCUGGUGUCCCAUGGACUGCUGGCCCUCUUAUCGAGCCCAACGAUCACAAAGAGUGGCACAAGGUUGUUGACCUCGACUUGAAUGGUGUCUACUACUGUGCCAAGGCCAUUGGCCGCAUAUUCAAGGAACAGGGCCAUGGUUCCUUGGUGUUCACUGCAUCCAUGUCGGGUCAUAUUGUUAAUUACCCUCAAUUACAGGCUAGUUAUAAUGCAGUUAAGGCUGCAGUUAUCCACCUUUCGAAGUCCCUAGCUGUUGAAUGGUCUGGUUUUGCUCGUGUCAACUCUAUCUCCCCUGGAUAUAUUGCAACUGAGAUUUCCGACUUUGUGCCCCAUGAGACUAAGGCUAAGUGGUGGUCUGUAACUCCAUUAGGUCGUGAGGGAUUGCCCCGUGAGCUUGUUGGUGCUUACCUCUAUUUUGCUUCCGACGCCUCCACCUAUACCACUGGUAGUGAUCUUCGUGUUGAUGGAGGUUAUGCUGCCCCUUAA